AUGGCGCCUAUCUCUAGGGGCGCCUAUCUCUAUGGGCGCCUAUCUCUAUGGGCGCCUAUCUCUAUGGGCGCCUAUCUCUAUGGGCGCCUAUCUCUAUGGGCGCCUAUCUCUAUGGGCGCCUAUCUCUAUGGGCGCCUAUCUCUUUGGGCGCCUAUCCCUAUGGGCGCCUAUCUCUAUGGGCGCCUAUCUCUAGGGGGGCACCUAUCUCUAGGGGCGCCUAUCUCUAGGGGCGCAUAUCUCUAUGGGCGCCAAUCUCUAGGGGCACCUAUCUCUAUAGGCGCCUAUCUCUAUGGGCGCCUAUCUCUAUGGGCGCGUAUCUCUAGGGGCGCCUAUCUCUAUGGGCGCUAUCUCUAUGGGCGCCUAUCUCUAUGGGCGCCUAUCUCCAUGGGUGCCUAUCUCUAUGGGCGCCUAUCUCUAUGGGCGCCUAUCUCUAUGGGCGCCUAUCGCUAUGGGCGCCUGUCUCUAGGGGGGCGCUAUCUCUAUGGGCGCCUAUCUCUAGGGGCGCCUAUCUCUAGGGGCGCUUAUCUCUAUGGGCGCCUAUCUCUAUGGGUGCCUAUCUCUAUGGGCGCCUAUCUCUAUGGGCGCCUAUCUCUAUGGGCGCCUAUCUCUAUGGGCGCCUAUCUCUAUGGGCGCCUAUCUCUAUGGGCGCCUAUCUCUAAGGGCGCCUAUCUCUAUGGGCGCCUAUCUCUAUGGGUGCCUAUCUCUAUGGGCGCCUAUCUCUAUGGGCCUAUCUCUAUGGGCGCCUAUCUCUAUGGGCGCCUAUCUCUAUGGGCGCCUAUCUCUAUGGGCGCCUAUCUCUAUGGGCGCCUGUCUCUAGGGUGCCUAUCUCUAUGGGCGCCUAUCUCUAUGGGCGCCCAUAGAGAUAGGCGCCCCUAG